UUUUCGGUGCUGCGUCGCUGGCGGGAAGACAUGGAGGAGGCCGGAGCCUGACGGAGAGGGAAGGGGAGGUUGAUUAAGCGCCAGCUGCCCGCCAUGGCGGCGGAAGACUCGGAGCUGGAGAGGAAAGCAGUAGAAGAACUUCUAACGGAGGCCAAGCGAGGUAAAACCAGAGCUGAAACUAUGGGAGCUAUGGGCUGGAUGAAGUGCCCUCUCGCCAGCACAAAUAAGAGGUUUCUUAUUAAUACUAUUAAGAACACAUUGCACUCCCCGAAAGAGCAAGACCAGGGACAGAAACAGCAGGAAAGUGAUAAGGAAUCAGAGCCAAGCCAGAACAGGGAAGAAACGAAGCCAAAGAGAUACAAAUCACAUGCUUACACACCUAGCUUUCGGUCAAGGCGAAGAGUCAGUUCUUCUCCACCCAGGCGCAGGCAUAGGCACAGGAGCCAGAAUGCAAAUGACAAAUACGAAAAGCAGUCAAAGAAAUGAUGAGAAAAACGUCAUUCCAAGCCACGGAUUUAAUCAGACCCUGAACUUUGAUCGGGGAGGAAUCUUUGACUACAGAGUAUUCUUCAGUAUAGAUAUCUGUGUUGGUUAAAAAAAAGAUGUACGUGUUGAUAACAAGUUUCUAGAAUUACGCAAAGCAAUUUAUUGUGUACCUUAUUUGAAGAGUCUUUACAUUAGAAAAAAAGAACUGAUAGUGCAUAUGUUUCCCCUCUUUCCUCCCAGGUCAUUUAUAUUUCUAGUUCAGCUUGUUUCCUUUCAUUGGAUAGUUAACAUGUUUGUGCUUAGCACAAGUUUUGGGAAGCAUUACCAAGAUUGAUUUACAUGAGUGGUGUGCUCUGCUUAUGAUAAGUUACCUUGUUUCUAAAUGUCUUCAGUGAAGCAUCUAAACUCAUUAUUUUUAAAAUAGUUUGUUCCAUAGGUAUUGCAAACUUGGUGUGCUUCUUGGCCUUCAAAUACCUAUAUUUUAGCAAGGCAUGUAAGAGGGAAAUGAGCAAGGCUCAUACGUUGAGAAUGGUUGACGUAACAUCUAAUAUUGUAAAUUAUUUGAAAUAAUGAAAUAAAAAUGGAUUUACUAUAUACUGAUAAA